AUGUCAAAUUUCUUAGAAAAGCCUAUUGGGGACUUAUUUUUCCCUCCAACUAUUGACCAUCCAUUUGGUAUUAACUUAUGGGAACUUUUUAAUGAAGUGGUGUCCAAGGCCACUGGUAACGCCUUUGUUCCUAAAGAAUUCGAAUUCGAAUACCAGAAAUCCCCACUUUCUCACUUACCUCCGGUGCUUUCAAUCAUUGCCCUCUAUUAUACCGUUAUCUUUGGUGGUGAUUACGUUUGGAAGAAGAAUAAAUGGGCUCCUUUGAAAUUGAAGUUGAUUUCUCAAGUCCACAACAUCAUUCUUACAGUGAUCAGUUUCACCUUGUUAGUGCUCAUGAUCGAACAAUUGUUCCCAAUCAUUGUCCGUCAUGGUCUUUAUUAUGCCAUCUGUGACAUGGGAUCAUGGACUCAACCAAUGGUGACCCUUUAUUAUCUUAAUUACCUCACUAAAUUUGUUGAAUUUUUGGAUACCGUGUUGUUGGUACUUAAACAAAAGAAGUUGACCUUUUUGCACACCUACCAUCAUGGGGCCACCGCUUUGCUCUGUUACACACAACUUGUUGGUAAGACUCCUAUCUCUUGGAUCGUCAUUGGAUUGAAUCUUGCGGUUCACUGUGUGAUGUACUGGUACUAUUUCUUGUCUUCGAUUGGCAUUCGUGUGUGGUGGAAAGAAUGGGUCACUCGUUUCCAAAUCAUUCAAUUCAUUCUUGAUUUGUCAUUUGUUUAUUUCGCCACCUACCAAAAGGUUGCCAAUGAUUUUUUUGCCGAUGUCUUGCCACAUUGUGCCAACUGUGCUGGUUCGAUGUACGCUGCUGCUUGGGGGUGUUGUAUUUUGAGUAGUUAUUUGGUGUUGUUUAUUGCCUUUUACAUUGAGGUCUACCGUAAACGUGACACCAAGAAAUCCAAGGUGGUCCGCCGUGCCAGAGGUGGGGUGGCUGCGAAAGUCAAUGAAUAUGUCCAAGUUGACUUGACCAAUGCCACUGGGUACAGUCCAUCACCAAUGGGAAGAAAGGACAUUCCUAAAAAGAGAAAGGUGUAA